UACAGUUUAUUGUAAAAUUCGGUACGUUUAAAUGACUAAAAUACAUUUACGUAUUGUAAACGAAUUUUAUUUUUAAGAGCGAAACGUCUUUUACUACGUCGCGGAAGGAUCUGAUUUUCUGAAGCGAGGGUCGACACAUCCGCCCAGUUUUCCGAUGUUUCAUUCCCCCCGAGUUAAAAAUGGAGUUCGAUUAAAGCAGAUGGACAGCAACUUCUCCGGAAAACGGCUACAUUUGAUUCCUUAAAGGGACAGUUUCGACACCGAGAGCAUUUGGGCGUCUUUGCCUCGCACAGGAUACCUUCUCUAGUGCGAAUUUCUCGGACACGUUGACGGAGCAACGCUGCUGCACGGCGCUUUUUCAAGUGUUGUCCUGGACCUGAAGUUGGCGAAUGGAUGCUCGACAGUCAACCACAAAUAACCUGCAAAACGGCUCAGUCUACGACUAUUUCCUCGUCUUUUAAGGAUAUUUACGAUUUUUUGGUAUUUUUGAAAGGCAAGGAUAUUUGUUUGCUGGCAAGAAUGACGCCGUUGGCUCAUUUGUUGUGGUCGGAUUUUACUUCUAGGGAGGAUAAAAUGAAUCAACGAUUGUCAUUCCUCCUCAGCGAGUAAAGCUAAGCUAGUUUGACUUCACGGGGACGCCUUUUAGGCAUGCCUCUUCGUACAAGGUUAACCCACUCUCCUAAACAGACGUAAUUACUCUUUUGUGGAUGAAAAAUGGUGAUUUUUGUGGUAUUUUAUCCCGCCGUCGCUGCGUCGUCGAUGCUAUUGCUAGGAUUUGCAUCCCCUUGAGGAAAAAAUGAGUGAAGAUUCAACAAAUCCCAACAACGAUGACAGUUACGCGCGCGUGAGAGCAGUGGUCAUGACUCGGGAUGACUCCAGUGGUGGGUGGCUUCCUUUGGGAGGUGGAGGCCUCAGCUGUGUCACUGUCUACAAGGUCAGCCGUGCAGAGGACAAUGGCAGCACUCACAGUGGAGGGAGUGGCAGCAACCUAAGCCCGUGUAGCUCCAGUCCUAGUCCGAGUCCAAGCCCCAGUCCGAGUCCCACUGCUGUUGAGUUUCACAUCAAGGGUGAACGGCUCAAGGACAAACUGGUGGUCCUGGAGUGUGUUCUGCAGAGAGAUCUGGUAUACAACAAGGUCAACCCUAUCUUCCACCACUGGAGGAUCAAUGACAAGAAAUUUGGUCUGACGUUCCAGAGCCCUGCUGAUGCCCGUGCCUUUGACCGAGGCAUACGCCGAGCCAUCGAAGACAUCAAACAAGGCUGUCGUGCAUUUGGGGAAGGAGAUACACCUGAGGAUGUACUACCGGUCUGUGAAGAGCCUCCCUCCAUCUGUACCCCAAUCAAAGAGCCCUUUUCUCCUCUAAACCCAAUCGAGCCAUUCAGGGGCUACUACGUCCGCGCUCAGCCCUUCGAUGACAGCCGCCGCUACCUGCCACCUCAGUCAACUCGCCGCGUGGAAUUCCGCAUAGAAGAAGAGGAGAUUGUGCGGAUAAACCCGCGUAAAGACGUACUCAUCCGCGGUUACGAGGACUACCGCCACCCCGUCACGUGCAGACACAAUGCGGACCAGGAGGACUUGGACUUCUCCUCUCCGUCCCCCAAACUGGACAGUAAGAAGUGCGAGUACCUGUUUCCCGACGGCCCCGGUGGAGACUCCCACUCUGGCCCCGGUCUGGGCAUGGGAACAGGCAUGGGCCUGGGGCUCGGCAAGGACACGGCGAUUAAGACUCAGCCGUCACCCCUGCUCAAAUCCAAAAAGGGCCGUCGACGAAGAGAGGACGGCGAGCGCUCACGCUGCAUUUACUGUCGAGAGAUGUUCAACCACGAGGACAACUGGCGGGGGCAGUGCCAGGACGCCCCCGACCCCAUCAAGCAGUGCAUCUACAAAGUCAGCUGCAUGCUCUGCGCGGAAAGCAUGCUGUAUCACUGUAUGUCUGACUCCGAGGGGGACUUCUCCGACCCCUGCUCGUGCGACACCUCCGACGAGCAGUUCUGCCUCCGCUGGCUCGCCCUGGUGGCGCUCUCCUUCAUCGCGCCCUGCAUGUGCUGCUACCUGCCGCUGCGCGCCUGCCACCACUGCGGCGAGGCCUGCCACUGCUGCGGGGGCAAGCACAAGGCCGCCGGGUGACCCCCGCGGCGAACACUGGGACACCCCUCAAAGCUAGCUAACAAAGGCAGUGCAUAUAAGCGGAAAAACGAAUAGCUGGCAUCCUUUUUUCAUUCCCCUCUCGGAUGGGGUGAUGUGAUGUUGAACCCCAGCUCUGGGAGAGCUUUUGGAGAUUUCAGUUUGAGUUUGUCGCUGUCGAGCAGCUGUGGAGGACAAACCAUAUGCUUUGUGGGGGCUCUGAGCAGCAAGCUAAGCGCAGGAGUUUAAUCGGAGAAGAAAGACAUCACGAUCAACAGACUUGAA